CUUGAGAAGACGCCCAUGGACUGCGGCAGCAGCGGCUCUGGGAGCAUUCAGUCCGGCUCCAGCCCCGAACCCGACCCUCCUCUCCCCUCCACGGUCACCCCCAGGGACGCUGGCAGUUCUCCGGCCACACCUGGGCCAGGGCCCCGGGCAGGGAGUGGGAGGCCGGCAGCUGCAAAUGCUGCCCGGGAGCGCAGCCGGGUGCAGACUUUGCGGCACGCCUUCCUUGAGCUUCAAAGGACCCUGCCCUCCGUGCCUCCAGACACCAAGCUCUCCAAGCUGGAUGUGCUGCUCCUGGCCACCACCUACAUCGCCCACCUCACCCGCAGCCUUCAGGACGAGGAGGACGCGCCCUCAGAUCCGGGGCUGGGCGCUCUGCGCGGCGAUGGCUACUUGCACCCAGUCAAGAAAUGGCCCAUGCGAUCAAGAUUGUACAUUGGUGCCACAGGCCAGUUUCUGAGUCAUUCUGUGUUAGAAGAAAAAUCCAACCCCAGAGAUGCUUCAGCAGAUUCACAACCAUAGACUCCCUCCUGCUCUGUAAUGUAGCAAGAAACUUAUAUUUAUUAGAAAUAUGUGCCAAAUCCCUAUCUGCACACAAUAAUAAAGAAACGUUCUGAAGGUUUGUGAGUGACGUCACAUGCCGAUGUUCAAUUUUAUGUGUCCAAACUAAGUAGAUGUGAAGUGAAAUCAUUAUCCUAAUAAAGUCUUCUGUUCAUCAUUAGCAGACAUAGCCUUGUACACUACAUAGCAUCAAUAUGUAAAUAUUUGUAUGUG